AUGCUAUUGAUAAUUAUUGGAAUCGUAUCGACGCUACAAAUGAUAAUAGGAUUCUGCUAUGAUGUAAAAGAUGUAACUUCCUCCCCAACAGCCAUAAAGGAUUCCAAAGAAAAAAGUGAAUACAAGCAACCAACGUAUUGGCAACAACGUCGUAUAGCUUUUCAGGACAUGAUUGAUAACCUUUACAUAAAUUACAUGGAAAAAUUGGUCAAUAUACAACAAGAACAAGCAAAAUAUUGGCCAACGAUGGAUAAUUAUUAUAUUUAUCCUCAAUCACGUUAUAAUUAUGAUGAUUACGAAGGGGAAGGACAAGAGAUAAUGGAAGAUAAUGGUGAAACUAGUUCCGAUGGUAGUGGUUUGGAACAUGGUGAUGCUGGUAACAGUAAUCAUCUUUAUACUCCUCCUAUCAAAAUUACUGAAGACACUUCCAUGUCCUAUUAA